CCUGACUCUUGAUUCCUGGAGUGGAAACUGAAAGGUUUCCUCCACAUCUUCCCCGCACUGGAAUCUAUAUAGUAUCCAUUCUUUCCCAAACUAGAUAUUAUAUCAACAUCAUCCCCUCGACCUGAAAGGCUCCCACAUAUGCAAUGGCUACCUUUUCUCGCCUCGUACGUUUCCUGGCUAAGGACGGCAACACAUACUACGGCGACGCUCUUAUGCCGACCGGUGUCAGCGACGUUGCCAAGACCACAAAAGCGCGGGUUAUCCAGGGGAAUAUUUUCGGCAAGCAUCAUGUCACGGACCAAAUCGCUGAAGUGAGGAUGCUUCUAGCCCCGUUGGCGAGGCAAGACAUUGGAACUGUUCGCUGUCUGGGGCUGAACUACGAGCAACAUGCCAAAGAAUCAAAUCUGCCUUUGCCCAAAUAUCCAGUGCUCUUUUAUAAGCCUGUUACAUCUAUUUCCGGGCCGACUGACGAUAUCCCAGUCCCAGUUAUGGCUCAGCACGGAGAAGGGUUGGACUACGAAUGUGAAUUGGUCGCUGUCAUUGGCAAGGAAGCAAAGGAUGUCCCUGAGAGUCAGGCCCUCGAUUACAUUCUUGGUUAUGCUGUAGGGAAUGAUGUCUCCCACCGAGAUUGGCAACUCAAACUUGGUGGCGGCCAAUGGGGCUUAGGCAAGGGUUUCGAUGGCUGGGCGCCUUUUGGACCAGGAAUUGUCUCUUCACAGAUUAUCUCCGACCCGAACAAUCUGCACAUUGCAACGAAACUCAACGGCCAAACGGUUCAAUCGUCUUCCACCAAGGAUAUGAUCUUCAGCGUGGCGAAAACCAUAUCAUUUCUUUCUCAGAGCACCACUCUUCUACCAGGUGAUCUAAUUUUCACGGGGACGCCUCAGGGCGUUGGCAUGGGCCGCAAACCUGCAUUGUGGCUAAAGGAUGGUGAUAUGGUCGAGGUCUCUCUUGACGGUGUGGGUUCCUGUGUGAACAAGGUAGUAUUCGAUAAGCCAUCGUCUAAACUUUGAUGUCCCUACAUAAAACGCUGGUCAUUUGUGAGCUUGCUCUGGCUUAGCUAAGUUGGGCGGGUCAAAGGCACGCUGUAUAGGUCCGCAAUGAAGCAAU